UUUUAAAUUACGUGUUUUUGCAAAUCUGUGGUUGAGAGACGUGGUUGUUGUAGCACAGCUCAUCCGUCGCGUGAGCGUGUCUCAUCACAGGCGUCCAUCAUGGCACCUGUGGCAUGUUGCGGAGUUUCCCUGGCAACGACCAAGCGGUUCUUUGUUUGCCUACUCAGGCAUGAACUAUAAUUGGGGGGGUUUCAUCAAAGAGUGGGAGCCUACGCUAUUGGUGACACGGUUCAUUCUUAAGAUCGGUGUAAGCAAACGUUGGUUUAAUAUUUCGCUAUCUUUAUAAUGGUUAUAAUGUAAAAGAGCUCUAGAGAAGGAUUUGCAUUGGGCUAAUUUACUAGCUUAACUAACCACGUCAAUGCAGUUCGACUAGCGAUCGAUAGCCGGUGAUCGGUUUGUGACAACACGGACCAAGUUGUCCAGCAUGUCUGACCUGGAUGAGGACGCAGUAUUGUCGGAUGUGGAGGGAGAAGAAGAAAAAGAAGAAGAAGAAGCACACCAACAAGGAGCCAAGGAGGACGGGAAGGUAGAGCUUUGUCAUUUGACCAAAGAAACCAUAAGUCGGGGGCUCUCGUUGCUGUGUCGAACAGGAAAUGGACUAGGACACGCUUUUGUCAAAGUGAACCUAAAAGACAAUGGACUGAAUGACAUUGCUGCCAUCGCCAGUUUUACUCACCUACGUUUUCUGGAUGUAUCCAACAACCACCUCAUUGAUCUAUCUCCUCUGGCGUCACUCACCCAGCUGCUCUGGCUGAAGGUUGACAAAAACGCUGUGGAGUGCUUUAAAGGGCAACCUUUCGCUCAGUUGACCUACUUGCAGUGGCUGAGCAUGGCAGGGAACCGGCUGGCAGACCUGGACGGCCUCGUUGGCCCUUCUUUGGAGAGCCUCAAUCUCACAGGUAACCGUAUUGAGAGAGUGAAUGGUCUUCAGAGUGGCUCAUUAGCCAACCUGGUGACGCUGGAGCUGAGGGGAAACAAAUUGGAUACCACUGAUGGGAUCAACCUUCCAAACCUGCGGCAAUUAUAUCUGGCCCAGAAUGUUAUCAAGCAUUUGGAAGGAUUAGAGAAGUUAGAGCGCCUCACCACCCUUCACCUUCGAGACAACCGGCUAGAUACUCUGGAUGGCCUCAGCCCCAACAUGAAGUGUCUCCAAUAUCUCAAUGUCAGAAACAAUGUCAUCUUAGAUGAGAAAGAUCUGCAAGGCCUCGCGCUUGUGUCAAAAACUCUGCGAGCUCUGGUCCUUUCUGACAAUCCUCUGGUGGACACGACAGGCUACCGAGUGAGUGUGCUGACUCUCCUGCCCCAGCUGGAGCGACUUGACAAAGAUCCUGUCUCCCCCGAGGAGAGGACUGAGGCCCGAGAGAGAAUUAUGGCACUUAAAGAAGAGGAAAUCAUUUGAGCAAUAAGAUUUGCAAUGAUGGUCAAAAUGAGGAAGUGUUGGACUUCCUUGAAAACACAGGCUUGGCGUGUGACUGGUUGACUGGGAUUGUGUUUUAUGACAGAUUGUUGGGCUACAUCUUGAGAGUGUAUCUGUCUGGUGUACUUUGUAUCUGCAAAAUGGAGGGUAAAAAAAACUUUCCUUCUGUCAUUUUGUUUCGAAACAAUAAAAAAAUGAAAAUGUUUUUGGCGCACAUUUUCAGUAACUAAGGACUAAGAAAUGAGGGAGUAUUCAAACUGCUGUUUCCCUGAGUAAGGAUGAGAGGGCAAAUUCCUGCAGCGUUUCCGCGUUGGCAGGCUUCCUGCUUUGGUUUUAAAGGAACAGCGAAGAGCAUGCAUGGAAAUUCCCAGAAGUAAACUAAGACGCACUGUUUUUAAAGCACAGCGCAUCAGAUAAUACGAUACGUUCAUAUUAACGGUUAUAUUUUUAAAUUGCCAUCAACCUUUCCUCAACUCAUACUGUGUUAGGUCUUCGAAUCCCGCCCAUAUUCCAUAAUAAAAACCAAACCACACCACACAACUUGCUUACAGUUGACCACAUUGUGAGACGCUUUAAAUAUUUCAUGGUUUGUUUUAAUAAAAGGAAACGACAAAGACGAACUUGCCACGUUAAAAAAAAGCGCUGGAAACGACUUGCGAAAGUAGCACAACCAAUAUCUUGUGCGCAACCGGUACCACGGCUGUCCGUCCAAUGGCUGGACGGGGUGGGCGUGGCCUUGUGGGGCACAUAAGCCUCCCCUCUGCCCGUCCUCCUCCUCGGUUGUGCUCGCAUCGGACAGCUAGCAGCGGCGUCGCACAGUCUUGAACCCUACGACCCAACAACCCACCUCCACUCCAGCAGCUUUGUAAUUGAAGUGACCGAACUGCUCGUACUCAGAAACCAUGACGAGCUACCACAAACCCGACGAGAA